AUGCUCUAAAAGUUAAUAUGGUAAAACUUACUUUUCUCUCUUCUUAAUACAACCAUAAGAAGUAAAAUUUCCAUUAUAAGAAGCGUAUCGUAAGUCCCAAUAAUAUAUCACUCGUUUCUUCAUCAUUUACUCAACAAAUUCUUCUUUCCCUUAACGAUGGAUUCCACCAUUUCCAAAGCUUCUCAACUGAUCACCCACCUCGCCGCACUCCCCUACCCCGGCAGGGGCCACAUCAACGCUCUCAUGAACUUCUGCAAGCUCCUCUUUCUCAAAAACCCCAACAUUCUCAUCUCCUUCAUCGUCUCCGAAGAGUGGCUUUCCUUCCUCGCCGCCGACCCCAAACCCCCAAACCUCCAUUUCUCCACUUUCCCCAACAUCAUCCCCUCUGAGCUCGGCCGCGCCAACGACUACCCCGGUUUCUUCCGAUCAGUUAACACCAUCUUGGAAUCUCCUAUCCAUACUCUGCUCACCCACCUCAACCCGCCGCCCUCCAUCAUUGUCGCUGAUCCCUUCCUCUCGUGGGCUGUUCCGUUGGCCAAUCGCCUCAACAUUCCGGUGGCUUCCUUCUGGCCAAUGUCCGUUACAGUUCUCUCCUGUUAUUACCAUUUCAACCUUCUUGAAGAAAAUGGCCAUUUCCCUGCUAAUCUCUCAGAGCGUGGCGAAGAGAUUGUCGAUUACAUUCCUGGAGUUUCCCACACUCGUCUUGCAGAUUUUCCGACUUUCUUCUCCGGCGAUGGCCAUGAAAUCAGGGACUUAACAUUCGAAGCUGCACGUUCUAUUGAUAAAGCUCAAUUUCUGAUCUCCACCUCGGUUUACGAGCUUGAACCCUCUGUAGUCGACGUUUUCAAACUGAAAUGUCCCUUUCCGGUUUACACAAUCGGGCCCUGUACACCUUAUUUCGAGACCCCAAACGGCUGCACUGAUGAGUAUCUCCAGUGGCUGGACUCCCAAACAGAUUGCUCUGUUUUGUACAUUUCACAUGGGAGUUUUCUUUCAGUUUCAAGCGCUCAAAUGGACGAGAUUGUCGCCGGGGUGGAAGCCAGCGGUGUUCGGUUCUUGUGGGUGGCGCGUGGGAAUGACAGCCGGUUGAAGGGCGUGGAUAGGGAAAUGGGGAUGGUGGUUCGAUGGUGCGACCAACUGAAGGUUCUGUGCCAUAGCGCAGUCGGAGGGUUUUGGACUCACUGCGGUUGGAAUUCGACUAUGGAAGGGGUUUUUGCCGGCGUUCCGAUGCUGACGUGGCCGAUAUUUCUGGAUCAAGUUCCGAACCGUAAGAAGAUUGUGGAGGACUGGAAAGUUGGGGUGCGAGUGAACGCAGUUGGGGGCAAUGAUUUGGUAAGGAGAGAGGAAAUUGCAAAGUUAGUGAAGAGAUUUAUGAACUCGGAGAGUGUUGAAGGGAGGAAGAUGAGAAACAGAGUGUCGGAAUUGAAAGAUAUUUGCCGGCGAGCGGUGGUGGAGGGUGGCUCCUCCCAUUCCAAUAUGGAUGCAUUUAUUGGACGUAUUACCAUAUAGAAUGUUGUUCAUGUACUUUCUACCUUUUAUGCUCAGUUUGUAAUCUCUAGUUUUCGUUAUUUUCCAUUCGUAAUGGAUUUUAAAUAAAGCUUUGUCGUUGAUUGAU